AUGGCUCAAGCGCGCCGUUCAGCCCCGAAGGCGCGGACGCGUACCUUUACAGGCUGCUUGACGUGCCGGACGCGCAAAGUGAAAUGUGAUUUACAUCGUCCAAGCUGUAACAACUGUAUCCGGCUGGGUCUGCAAUGUCGGGGUUAUCAAGUCCAGCUCCAGUGGCUGCCCGUCUGGGAUCCGGAACAGCCUGACUCGACGUCGCCAGGCAACUCGACGACCGAGGGAGCAGCGGCAGCAGCGGGAGGAGAAGGGCGUCGCACUCGAACCGAGAUCUUUGAUGCCCAUUCGAGGUCUCGCUUCUCCGAAGACUUGGUUCGGCAUCUCUCAACCGGCCAAAACCCACAACAGCACCUCGACCAAGUCCUCGACCGCCUCGAUGAACAGGUCAAGGAGUCCAAGAACUCGCGGGUCGAUAAGAAAGGCUGGCAAAUCCAUAAGGGCCCCUUUUCUGUCUUGCAACUCGUCCCCGCCCUCGUCCCCGUCUCCGUCGCUGAAAAUGUCGAAGCUCUCGAGCAGUCGGAGAUGACCAUUCAACUGCCCGAGUCCAUGUCUUCUCUCGACGGCGAUCGCGAAGCGGCGACAGCCUGUCUGGACGGCAUUGACUGGUCGUUGUCCGUGUCGGACAACAGUGUGGGAUCUCAAGCACUCUUUGCCGAAACCCCUACUGGAGCAAGUUACAAUUAUUCUUUCACCAACGCCGCCUACACGCCGCUGAUUGAAGGUACAAAUAUACCGGGCACCGGCACACCCUUUCAAGAUGAUAUCCAGCUUUCUCAGCCACGAUUUACGGGCAUCGCUACAUAUGGACACCCUGCUGCGUCGUCCCUGUCCAAUGGAUCGCCCUACGUGCCCUCGAAUAUCCGAUUCCUGCUAUCUCACUACAUGAACCAUGUCAUAUCCUCUCUUUCGGGGUUACCGCAGAACGAAGCCCCCUGGAAGAGUAUCCACGUGCCCUACGCCAUGACCGCGUAUGGAGAACUGGAUAUCAUGGGCCAGUCGGGCUUCGCCAGGGUGUCGCUCCUGUACAGUCUCCUGUCGUUGACCUGCUACCACCUCGCGACUCUCUACAAGCCUGCCUCGACGGUGAGCGGAACGGACACGACGCAGCUCCUGUCGACCGACGACCAGGCGACGAACUUGCAAUACUGGAACUCGCAGGGCCUCAAGUUCAGGGAGAUUGCGCGGACCGCCUUUCGCAAAUGUUUGCAAGCAAUGUCCACCGAGCAACCAGAACAGAUCAAAUACAAAGAGCUCUUUGUGAGCGCCAUGAACCUGAUCUGUACCGGGAUCGUCAGUGGUGAUCCGUGGGACUCGCGACUUUUCAUCCUCCAAUGCGAAGAGAUUGUCAACAAGAUCGGUCGGAAGAAGGAGGCCUUUUCCAAGAAAGCACUCCAACUACAUCGAAUAUUCGCCUACAUCAGGGUGAUUGAAAAGACCACCUUCGUCCAGACGCGGGACCAGUACCUCGUCACGCUGGGCAAGAAGCCCAUGCUCGCCAACGAGGUCGAGCUCGUCAAGAAGAUCCCCGAGGACAGCUUCCCUUACUCGACGACCCUCGCGUCCAACUACGAGACGUGGUCGGACCUGGGACUGAGCGGGCCCGAGGAAGAAUCCUUCAACGACUUCUACGGCAUGCCGGCGUCGAUCCUGAAGCUGAUCGCCCGGACGAACAACAUGGUCGCUCAGAUCGACCCGCCACAACACCACGGCACGUCGCAGCCUUACAUGCCUGCGAGCCUGGUCGACGCGGCCGCGGCCCUGGAGCGAGACAUCUGCCACUGGGAGACACCACAACGGCCCGCCGAGAGCGGCGACAACAACAACAAUAACCCGUUUGACCUGCUCAGCUGCAGCUCUGCCGAGAGCAUCCCGGACCCUUCGCAGACGAUGAAAUCCAACAUCGCGACGGCCAUGCACCACGCACUGAUGGUCUACUUCUUCCGGUUCGUGCGCGGCACCAACCCCAUCAUCCUGCAGCACUACGUCGAGAGCAUCCUCAGCAACCUCGAAAUGCACCACGAGAGCAAACAGUGCUUCUUCCCCGGCGUGCGGCUCGGCGUCACCGUGUGGCCCAGCUUCAUCGCCGCGUGUGAAGCGCUGGGCGACAGUCUUCGUCGCCGGGCCAUCCUCUGCAUGAGGCACGCGGCGUGGGCGGGGUUCCAGAACGCCGAGGCUGCAGAGAUGGUGGCGAAGGAAGUGUGGCGGCGACGCGAUGCGGGAGAGUUGCACGUCUCGUGGAGCACCGUCCUGCGGGAGUCGCAGACCAUUCUGCUCUUGACGUGA